AUGGCACAUUCACAGCCAGUCACAGUUUUAGUUUGGCUUGACCCUUUACACUCACAGAUUUUAUUAUCUGAUGCACCAAAUUGCAUUCUUGAGCUAUCAAUACAUUCUGUACAAACCAAAGUAUCAGAUGCACAACCUUUGCAAAAAGUGCCACAAAUGGAGCACACUAAUCCAUUAAACUCUUUUCCUGCAGGGCAUGUGCAUUGUCCUGACACAUACUGUUGGUCACCCGCGCAUUUACAAUUUUUCUCAUCGGUAUCAUCAAAUAUCAUUUUGCUUUCCUCCUUGCAUUUAGUGCACUUCCCAGUAUGUAUGUCACAUUCUGCACAUUUGUCUGAGCAGGACACACAGCUUCCGUCACUAUAA